GUCCCGCUGCCCUCUCGGUGCGGAAGUGUUGUCCUCCACAGCCGAGCAGCAGCAGCAGCAGCAGAGCUGCCUCUGUUUGGCCGAACACGUCGCUCGUUCCGCCGCAGCUCAUCCCCGCCCGCGCGUCUCUCCGGCCGGGACUUGUCAGCACUCGCCGUGGCCGUGCGGCGUGGCGGUGUUAUGCGAGCACCGUGCGGCGCGAGGGGGCACCGUGUGAAGUGAGUUUCCUUGAAUCAUCUAUAUGGGCCAUCUUCUCUCGAAAAAUGGUUACCGCCUGAAGAAGAGGACCCGCAAGUUGCACCACAGGAAGAAGAAGAAGAGGAAUUGCUUCCUGCAGCUGCCCUGCAUGCUCUGCUUCAUUGUCCACAGCAACAGCAGCGGCGGCCUCGACGACGACAGCGACCACUUGGAGGCCGGAGCCAACGGGAGCAACAGCAUCACAGGAAUCAGCGUCCCCGGCGUGGGUGGCGUCGGCAUCGGAGUGGCGGCUGCCUCGAAGCUCGCCGAGCACUACGCAACGCUCACGUCUCCCGAGGACUGCUCCAAGUUCCUGCUGUCACCGCGGGAGCUCGCUAUCUGGGAGGGCCAAGGGAGGAGCCUCCUGUCGGCUGUCCCUGCCAAGCUGUUUCCACCGCCGGCGCUGUUCCGAACCGCCGGGGUGUCCGUGACCGUGCCCGUACCCGUGCCUGGCUGCCCCAGUGACUACACUGAGAUGGUAGGUGGCAGCGAGGGCACCAAAUCCACUCUGGCUGGUAAAGAGAAGGUGUGUAAGAGGAAGUGCUCAGAGGUGCAGAGGUGCGCGCCCUGUAAGCAGCCGCGCUGCGCCUUCGCCGCCCCUGACGGAGGGCUGGAGAACGGAGGAGUUGGAGGAGGUGGGGGAGAGGCUGCCUCGAAUUCGGAAACCGGGCACUGCCACCUUCCCCUCUGUCCACUCCCCUCCUCCUCCUCUUCCUCUUCCUCCUCCUCCUCCUCCUCACCCGCCGACGGCUGCUGCAGGCCGGGCCUUCACGCCGACUCGCCCCACAGUUCGGACUCGUCCCCCUGCUGCCGGCAUCCUUACGACGACUGCCAGGGGAGAAGUUCUGACGGCGGUGAUCACUCGAGUAUCAACCACCUGCCUUCCUCCAUCCUUCUCAAGGUGCUCUCCCACCUGACAGUGAAGGAGCGCUGUCUGUGUGCCUCUCUAGUUUGUAAGUACUGGAGGGACCUCUGCUUGGACUUCCAGUUCUGGAAGCAGAUCGACCUCAGUGGCCUACAACAAGUAAACGACGACCUCCUGGUGAAAAUAGCCUCUCGGAGGCAGAACGUGACGGAGAUUAACAUCUCGGAUUGCAGAGGCGUCCAUGACCACGGCGUGUCCUCCCUGGCUGCGCACUGCCCAGGCCUGCAGAAGUACACAGCGUACCGCUGCAAGCAGCUCGGGGACGCGUCCCUGUCGGCCUUGGCUACACACUGCCACCUGCUGGUGAAGGUGCACGUAGGCAACCAAGACCAGCUGACGGAUGAAGCACUCAGAAAGCUGGGAGAGUACUGCAGCGAGCUGAAGGACAUCCACCUGGGACAGUGCUACAGUAUCACGGAUGAAGGCAUGGUGGCGUUGGCUGCAGGAUGCCCUAAGCUGCAGAGACUCUACUUGCAAGAGAACAAGCUGGUGACCGAUCGGUCCGUGCGAGCCGUCGCAGAGCAUUGUCCUGAGCUGCAGUUCGUUGGCUUCAUGGGAUGCCCGGUGACCUCCCAGGGCGUCAUCCACCUGACCGCGCUGCGGAACCUGAGUGUGUUGGACCUGCGGCACAUCUCUGAGCUCAACAACGAGACGGUGAUGGAGGUGGUGAGGAAGUGUCGCAACCUCAGCUCCCUCAACCUCUGCCUCAACUGGAGCAUCAACGACAGGUGCGUGGAAAUCAUCGCCAAGGAGGGCCGCAGCCUGAAGGAGCUUUACCUCGUGUCCUGUAAAAUCACAGACCACGCUCUGAUAGCCAUAGGCCAGUACAGCAGCACCAUUGAGACGGUGGACGCCGGCUGGUGUAAGGACAUCACGGACCAGGGAGCCACGCAGAUCGCCCAGAGCAGCAAGUCCCUCCGCUACCUGGGCCUCAUGAGAUGUGACAAGGUGAACGAGGAGACGGUGGAGAGGCUGGUGGUCCAGUACCCUCACAUUGUUUUCAGCACGGUGAUGCAGGAUUGCAAGAGAACCCUGGAGAGAGCUUAUCAAAUGGGCUGGAGCCCCAACACGUCCAACACGUCGUAGCUGCUGCUGGAUCACACCAACACACACAUGCACAUCCACGCAGAGGCCCUUUUGGUGUACAGACACACAUACAACAUUUUUGCAGCUCAUGCACACACACACACUCACAGACAAUGGUUCCAUUCACCAACUUUUCAUUUGGAGAAAAUCUCUCAUUUUAGUAGUUUAAGUCAAGUAUGCUUGGUAUUCUGUGUGUGAGAUGGUUGACCUUCUCCAGCUAUAGGCUAUAAUCAACAGCUUGUCUGAACUUGGACUUGAUAUGACAUCCAACAAUGUGAUGCCGUUUCUUUGACCAAACCCUAAAGUGACCAGUCUGCCCAGCUUUACUCAGUUGAUAGAGGAAGCCUCUUCAAACUAUAAAGCGACCCCUCUCCGUCUGUCUGCACAACCUUUGCAUAUGUUGAGAAUCGUUCAUCCGACAGUCUACUUCACUCUUUGUUCUGAGUUGGAUUGCUGUGACGUCAUGUUUCAAAACUGAAUGGGCAACGUAACCUGCAACAUUCUUGGGACCGGUAAAUGUAUCAGCCACCCGCCGAGGUCUUUCCCACGUGUUUCUUGCUGUGAACCAGAGAGUAUUUCAAAGGUGUUUCUGCCCGUGAGCAGCCCUGGCUUGGUUCUGGGAUCUAACUAAGUCACGGCCGCUGCGAUACUGAGGACUUAAGGAAAGCAAAGUGUGAAGUUGAUUGUAUGACCGUUUCUCGUGAGAGCUGCAACUCCGCCCGCCAAGCAGUCGCCCCGGACAAAAGUACGGGUGCUGCUCCAGGACAUUCAGUGUCCUCCCCAUCACUUACCAGUCCAGGUAAGGAGGCCGGGGGAGGGGUCAGCGGUCUGGUCUUGAAUACCCAGGGAAGAUCCAAACGAACACAUCCUUAAAUCAAGGACAUUCAGCGACGGUCACAGAUUAAGAUUUAGAUUGAAUUUUGUCUCGUGCACGUCGGUCCUCUGCGGCGUUUGCUUCCUUCGUACUGAACUCGACUGCUGUGAGGACCUCGCGUAACACAAAGCAGAGACUUGGAGACCAGUAAAUGACACCUUGCAUGUGAAGACCAGACACUUGAGGUAUUUUGAGGAAUCUGUAAUGUUUAUUUUGUCCAUGUCGUUUUUUUCUGUUUUUUUCCCUGACGUCCAGUACAGUGUUAAAGAAAUCUGUGCACCCAUAUGCUUUGAGAUGUUUUGAGUUGAAGGACAGAGAUCUUCGUUGUGACUUGUAGGUCCAAUCUCAAUGCAAAUCAAUGGCAGGGAAACAGCAUUGAUUAUAUCUAAAAAUAAAAAAAAUAAAAGGCAUGUUUUCAGGUUUUUGUUUUCUGUUUUGUUUUUUUUGUAGCGAUAUUAUCUGCAGAUGACCUGCCGUAUAAGGGAGCCUCUGUAUGACUUGGGAACAAUGCUGUUUUUAUGCCAUACUUUCAUUCGAGUUGACUGUUCAUCACCUUGAGUCAGUAGAGAAUGAAACAGAAGUUGCCUUUACCUGAAAACCCCGGCGGAUGUUAUCAGAUUAUAAACCACCACUACCGGGACGUCGGGUAAGAGGGAACGUUGCCUUAAUGCAGAGUGGGUACUGAAGUUGCCAUCAAUUAGCUAUCCAGACUUUACUGAUGAAAUGUUUAUCUAAUACCAUAUUUCCAUUAUUUGAUAUAUAUAUAUAUAUAUAUAUAUAUACAUAAAUACUGUGUGGGAUUUACUUGAUAUUGGUUUUGAGCAUAUUCUUGUAACAUUAGCUAUGUAGCAAAGCAAUGACGGAUUUAUCUUUCUUAGUGGUUUAGGAUGUAAGAAAAGAAAAAAAACUGGCUGCCGUGGGCCUAUAAGCAGAGAGUUGAUGGAUUUCUAUCUGUCCUAUAGAAGUUAAGUAGUGUACAGUUAAAAAACGCAAAAAACAGGGUAUUUUUCUAUGGUGUGAACCAGCUCUGGGCUCAGCCAGUCACUCAGACAUGAACAAUAGCUUACUGAGCCUCGGGUUUGGAGUGGAACUGUAAACUUUCUAUGGCAUACAGAGUUUUCAGACAAUUAAAAACACCUUCGGUUUACCCGUGUCAGGAUUUAUAGACUUUAACCGGUGUCUCCCGCUGCCUGUUUUUGUUUCGUUUCUGUUCUUUUGUAAUCCUCAUGCACUUUCCUCCCUGCUAGAUGUUGACACACUUGAUUCCUGAUUUGUUAAGGCAACCGUAAAUGACUGGAUUUACAUAAAGAUGAAUAAAACACUACUUCAAGCUUU